GAGUUCCUUUACUCUCAUUUCCUUCUCCAUUUACCCUCAAUUCCCAAAAAAAAAAAAGGGAGAAAGGGGACCUAAACCGCGUUUGAGUUGCGCGAUUCCGCACUACAUUUCGAAUUUUCAAUUCGGAGGCAUUCUACCGGUGGUUUGUUUCUCUUAAGAGUUCGAAAUUGGAAGGAAAAUUUUAUUUUGUCCAGAGUUCGGCUUAUGAAAUAUUGGGAAUAAUUUUGUAGUGUUUGAUUGAAUUGAAUUGAAUUGAAUUGAUGUAAAGAGGACUGCAGAAAUUUUGCAGAAUUGAAUUUGGAAUAAACAGAUUAUUAAGGAUGGCAAACUCGGCGGAAACGCCGGGUUUUUUACCAGCUGAACAACCUUCAGGUUCUUCUCCGGCAGACCAAUCAUCGGAUUCUUCACCCCCAGAUAAUUCUCCUCCUUCCCCGCAUGAUAAUGGGGGUUCUUCGGAUUCCUCACCAAAAUCCUCUCCGUCUCCUAGUACCCCACCUCCUACAGCCUCUCCCAAAGCAUCACCACCGGAAAAUGUUUCACCAUCUCCACCGGAAAAUGUUUCACCAUCACCACCACCACCUUCACCACAAAAAAACUCUCCCCCUCCCCAAGCUACUCCUCCUCCUCCUCCGCCUUCUCCUCCGCCUCCUAACAACUCUAAGGAUAAUACUACUCCAUCCCCGCUGCCUACUCCAUCCCAUCCACCACCUCCUCCGAGGACCUCAAACCCACCACCACCUCCUCCUCCAUUGCCCCCAGCAAAUCGUACUUCUGCUCCACCUCCUUCUAAAUCAAGUAAUCAGUCCUCAUCUCAUGUACCUAGCUCCCCAUAUUCCCCCUCCAGCUCGAAGGGUGAACCUUCUGCCUCCACUCAAACAUUACAGAAAGUCGAGGGGAAAAGUUCUUUUUAUGGGGUUGUUGCUGGUGCAACAGCGGCAGGUGUCUUGAUCAUUGCAUUUCUUGCCAUAUUUUUUCUGAUGGUAAGGAGGAGAAAGGAAAAAUCCCAAAAGAACAAGAAUUCUAACCAUAACGCACCACCACCCCCUAACUUCGCCGUGAAAUCGGAUGGAUAUUACUACGGAGAUCAGCCUGCUAUGGGACUAAAUUCUGGUUAUAGUCCAAAACGACAGAAUUCAAACUCAGGAAACAGCUGUGGAUACUAUGGAGGGACACCAGACUCGGGGAUUAUCAGUGGUAAAAUCUUUUUCAGCUAUGAAGAGUUGAUGGAAAUAACCAACGGAUUUUCUCGUCAAAAUGUGUUGGGUGAGGGUGGGUUUGGCUGUGUUUACAAGGGGUGGCUGCCAGAUGGGAGAGUAGUGGCUGUCAAGCAGCUCAAGGCAGGUAGUGGACAAGGGGAGAGAGAAUUCAGGGCUGAGGUUGAAAUUAUUAGUCGUGUCCAUCAUCGACAUUUGGUCUCGCUGGUGGGAUAUUGCAUCUGUGAACAUCAAAGACUGUUAAUCUAUGAGUUUGUUCCAAAUCAAACUCUGGAGCAUCACUUGCAUGGUAAAGGAGUUCCAGUCCUGGAAUGGACCAAAAGAAUGAAGAUUGCCAUAGGAUCUGCCAAGGGCUUGGCGUAUUUACAUGAAGAUUGUCAUCCAAAGAUCAUACACAGGGACAUUAAGUCAGCAAACAUUCUGCUGGAUGAUGCUUUUGAAGCUCAGGUUGCUGAUUUUGGACUUGCUAGACUUAACGAUACUCCUCACACCCAUGUUUCAACCAGAGUCAUGGGGACAUUUGGGUACCUGGCACCAGAAUAUGCUUCAAGUGGAAAACUGACAGAUAGAUCUGAUGUUUUCUCAUUUGGUGUUGUGCUUCUAGAGCUUCUAACUGGGCGAAAACCUGUUGAUUCAACUCAGCCUUUGGGGGAUGAGAGUCUAGUAGAAUGGGCUCGACCCCAUCUCAUUCAUGCCCUUGAAUCAGGUGAUUUUGGUGAACUAAUUGAUCCACGACUUGAAAAGCAUUAUGUAGAGAGAGAAGUGUUCAGAAUGAUCGAGGCAGCAGCGGCAUGUGUUCGUCAUUCUGCUGCAAAACGACCUCGGAUGGUGCAGGUAAUAAGAGCAUUGGACUUCGAUGGAGAAAUGUCUGAUCUCUCUAACGGAGUAAAAUAUGGCCAGAGCACUGUUUACAAUUCGGGGCAGUACAAUCAAGACAUUAUGAAAUUCAGGAGGAUGGAACUUGGAAGCCAGAUUAGCUCGGAUUUUGAUAUGUAUAGUGGUGAAUACAGCAAUACUUCCAGGGAACAUGGCAAGUCUCAGAGUAGUUCAAGAGAGUUCUCCAGUAGUGACUCUGAAUCUCGAGCAAGGCACGGGCCUAGCUAGCAGGGACUACACAAAUAGUGGUGGCUACACUCGUCCUCUGUGAUAAAGGUGGCAACUAACCCGUGCUUGGUCAAUUGUUGUGCAUAAAAGCUUACUCUCAAUUUUAAUACUUCUCCAGGAUUUGCUUGGUCAUGGCAUGGCGGAGGCUUGUAAAAUAUGAGCAUUCUUUUGUUUUUUUGGAGAAUACAUAAAUUUUAUUAGU